UUGAAAUGCACCGGUUGAUUAUCAACAAGUCGUUAUUUGUUGGCAAUUCGACAUGAGUCAGAAGGGCGAUCAGUCGAGUCAGCUGUCAGGUUUCUCUGGGGUCUCGGUCAUUCGCAGCUCGAGUCCACAGCCCCACGAUGUCACUCAACCAUCAAAACACGGGGAUACUGAGAGGCUGCUCAAUGACGUUGCUGAGUGCGAGGAGACAAUCACUGAAGCUGCGAGGGUUCAGUUAAUCCAGGAGUGUCUCCAGGAGGUGGCGAAUGACGGGGGACUCCUCCCUCCGGAGACCUCCUCCAAGUUGAGGCAAAUUAUCCAAGCGCAGAGUGUCUACAAGUACCUGAAAGUUGCGGUGGACAUCGGGGAUGGCAUUCAGACUCAGUUGUUGGGGAUCACUGAUGUCUCGAAACCAGAGUUGAAUACUGAUGAGAGGAAAAUGGUCAAGGCUGAGGUUGAAAGGAAAAUCCGAGACAAGUGCCAGAAAUUCAUCACAAAAUACGAGAAGUUAGGUGGGAAUAUCAAAGAGGCAAUGGACACCAACAAAUCCUGCGCUAGGCUCGACUUAUCCCGAAUGAACGAGUCCCUCUUGAGCGAUUGGAAGGAGAAAAUAGGUGAAGUAUGCAAUGAGUACCAGAGGGACGUGGUGAAGUUGGCAGAGUUGUUGGAAGACUGGAAGAAACUUAAAUACGAUGACGUCGAGGAGAUUAACACGAAGAAGGCAGAGACUAAGCUACUCCAGUCGCAAAUAGCUGAGAUCCAGGCGAGGCUCACUAAAAUUUCGUGUACGAUAAAGAUGUUCAAAGAGACGCCGACAACGAUCACUGCCUUCAAGACCAUCAGCCACGAGUUGGACGAGAAAAUCGCCCAUGUCGAGGGGGAAAUAAAGAGGAAGAAACUCUUGAAGAAACAGUAUGAGGACCUCCAGGGGACUGAAUACGAUGAAGUGCUGAAGAGGUACCUGGACCUCUGUGCGACCAUAAAAAAGGAGGAGCGAUUGUUGGAGAUGCUGUGAGAGGAUGUCAAAAGUAUUUGUGUAUAUUGUACUGUAAAUGGAGUAAAUUGGUGAUACGUUUUCACUACUUUGAGAGGUCGCCCGAUUUAUUAUCCUUGAUCAAAUAUCUUUUCAAAAAUAUCUGCGUCGAAAUCUUCAGGACAAAUUUGUCUUUCGAUAAUUUUUCUGAAUAAAGAUUAUGUGCUUCUCAAAAAGAACUGUGUUUUGGGGCUAAAUCCGUGUAUUUUGAGCAAUAUUUUUAAUAAAAUCUGAAAUUUCUUCGAUAUUCUAGCUAUUAUUGUAAAAAAAUGUAUUGAAUUCCAUUAAAGGAAAAGAAGCUUGUGAAAUUUCAAAUUUUUAAAUGAAUCAAAGAAAUUUUUGUGAAAAUAAGACGAU